AUGGAUGUAUGUCAUCAUCAUCAUCAUCAUCAGUCAACAGGAAAUAAAUUAGUCAAACAAGACGCAUCUCUCACACCGCCAACAGCGGAAACGACGGGCAAAAUUCUCUUGUCAUCUAAUGAAAAUUAUAUCAUUCUAUGUAAAGAUAGUUGCACGAACAGUGAUGAGACAAAUCCAUCAACUUCAAUCUCCUCCUCUUCAUCGUCAUCUCCAACUGCCAAUAAUAAUAGUCUAAUAACAACUUGUCAACCAAAUCGACGGCCAGGAACAACACAACAAUAUCGUACGCAAUUAAAAUCAUCUCUCGACCAAUCAAACAAGAAUCGAGAAUUCUUUCAGAACGACGAUGAAUAUCGUAAAGUAAUUGGUUCAACAACAUCGUUCAAUUGUCGAAAUAUUACACCCAUGAACGAAUAUUAUCUUUAG